AUGUUGACCUUCCCUGUUAAUGCUCCAAGCAACAUUCUCCAAUGUUUGGUGGAUCUAGUGAAAAACGAAGCUCACUACUUAUGUUGUUUGGAGAAUCAUGUUGAAAAUUUUGAGAGAAAAAAGAAAAUACUUGCUGCAAAACAACAGGAUGUGAAGAUAAAUAUUGAAAAUGCUAGUGGUGUUUCAAGAGUUAAGAAUGAAGCUCAGCAAUGGAUACAUGAAGCUGAUAGUCUUAUUGAAGUUGACACAGAAACAAAGAAGAAAUGGUUUUUUGGCUUGUGUCCUAGUUGCUACCGGCAAUACCAUAGUGGAAAGGAGUUGGCAAAGAAGACUUUGGAGAUUGAUGAGCUAUUGGGAAGAUGUAGUUUCAACAUAGUGGGAGGUAAAACCUCAAUGGCAAUAGAAGUAGGUGUUAAACUUGAAGAAUCCAAAUAUCAUAGCGUCAUCCUUCUUGAUGUGUCUAAUCCUCCAGAUUUCAAAAAGAUUCGUGGUGAAAUUGCAAGGCAUUUGAAUUUAACAUUAGAGGAAGGAAAGGAAAAAGAACAUUCAAAGACAAUAUGGUCUAGAAUUACUAAUAAGAAAGAAAAGCUUCUUAUAAUACUAGAUGAUGUAUGGGAAGAGUUUGAUCUUAUAAAAGACAUAGGCAUUCCAUCUAGCCACCAGCACAAGGGUUGUAGUGUAUUGAUAAUUAGUCGUAAUUUGAAUGUUUGUGAAGUAAUGGGUUGUCAAAGGAUGAUUCAACUAGAUAUGCUGGUUGAUAAGGAAGCAUUUAAUCUUUUUCUAAUACAUGCCAAUACUUCCUCAAGUCGUUUGAAGGGCAUAGCACAAAACAUUGUGAAGCAGUGUGGAGGUUUACCAAUUGCAAUUGUAGCAGUAGCAAGAGCUUUAAGAAAUCGGCCUUUAGCAAUUUGGAGGGAAGCUUUGAAAACCUUGCAAAAUUCCAAGUCAAUGAUUGAUGUUAAUCAAAAUUUGACGAAGAUUUAUAAAUGUUUGAAGUUAAGCUAUGAUAAUCUAAAGAAUGAGAAGGCCAAAAAACUCUUUUUGAUAUGUUCUAUUUUCCCAAAAGAUUUUGAAAUUUCUAUAGAACUUUUGAGUAAAAUUGGUAUUGGAGUAGGGCUUUUUGGGGAAGUGGAGAAAUACUGUACAACAAGAGGCAAAGUGCUUGCGGCUAUACAAGAACUUGUGGAUUCUUGUUUAUUAUUAAAUCUUCAAGAUGGGUUGGUAAAGAUGCAUGAUUUAGUUCGUGAAGUGGCCUUAUGGAUAGCUGACAAAGACAUUCAAGUGAUCAUGGAUUUUAAGACAACUAUAGAAGCCAAUCUGUGA